AUGUGGCGGCAAGGGGCAAUUCUUGGCGGAGUUAUCAUGAUCUAUGUCUGUAAACUCAGAGGAGAAAAGAAAUCUACCGUGGUGUCGGUUAGGAAGGAUCCCAUUGGCUGUGAUGAAACGUGUGUGACAAAGGAAAUACCAAGAAAGACUCUUCAACUACUGGAGAAAUCGGGGAGGGGGAGUCACACGAAACAGUUGAAAGAUGUUGCACCAUUUGAGGAAGAUCCCACAGAUAUGAUUAUAGAUCUGGAGGAUAAGGAAAAUGAUGACCAGGUUGGUGACGUUACCACGAAUAUAUGUGGGGAUGAAGGGGGAACUCUGAUUGAAACGGGAGGGGAGGAGAUAGAUGAAACCGAGGAUGGGUUAAAUGAUGACAAAGAUGAUGACAAUCAAGUAAUGCCAGAAGAGGUGAACACGGCUGGUGAAGAAGAGGACACAGAAACACAACCUACUGCAGGUAGUGAUAUCGAAGGAGAGCCAGAUUUGGGAGAUGUAAAAGAGGACACUCUUGAGGAGGGAGAUGAUAAUAAGGACGGACACAGCAUGGACCCGGACCGAAUGAGGCAUGAUUGGGAAGAUGUAAAAGAGGACACUCUUGAGGAAGGAGAUGAUAAGAAGGACGGACACAGCAUGGACCCGGACCGAAUGAGACAUGAACCGUCUGGCCUUUCUGGUGAUGUAGAUGAUGAAGAAAAAGUUGAAGUGGAAUCUCCUGAAGACGAUGAGGAGAGAAUGGUAGAAGGUGACAGCCUCACGUCUCUUAGAGAAACUGUAGAUCAGGUAAGAGGCGAGCCUUCGUUGGAUAAUGAUGAUAACAUAUAUAAGUGUGGUAUCGAAGAAAGCAACGCUGGAACUCACACGGAGGAAUGUUCGGAAUUUGAUACAAGCAAGAAGAGAAAAUGGAGGAAGGUGAAGAAGAAACAGAAAAUGAUGAAGAGGAGGAGGAGGACUGUGAGGUUACUGACGAUGUUGCAGUUGCAUCAAUGGAGCAGGGAGAGGAGACAACCGCAGUGGGAGAAGGAGGGGAAGUCGUGA